UUGCCCAGUGCGCGGCGCCCGCGGCUCCGCUCCGCGUCCUCUUACCGCCGCCACCGGCCGCUCCUUCCCCGCCCGUCCAUGUCCCUGCCCGUGGUGCUCCCGGGCUCCUGCUGCCCUGUGGCUGGGCUCUCGGGCGGGCCGCAGGCCGGGGGCCCGGGCGCCGCGGCGGCCGCCGCCCAGGAGCCGCCGCUGCCCCCGCUACGGCCGCGCUGGCCCCGGGCCGCGCUGCAGCCCCCGGCGCGGCCUCGCUGCGCGGCCACCGCCGCCGCCGCCGGGGUGCUGGCCCCGCCGCCCGCGCUCUCCUCCCGCCGGGCCGCCGCCGCCGCCGCCGCCGCCGCGGCCCCGGGAUCGGCGCUGCUGCCCGCUCGCCCGCUGUUGUCGCUCGGUCUGCUGCAGCUGAUCCUGGGCUGCUGUAUGGUGGCACUCAGCUUCGGGGCGCUGUCGCUGAGCAGCUCCCCGCAGGUGAAGAACUCGUGCCCGUUCUGGGCCGGCUCUUCGGUGAUACUCUCUGGAAUCAUAGGAUUAACAACUUGGAAACGGCCUAUGAUACUCCUGGUGAACCUUUUUGUGCUGCUCUCUGUGGUGUGUGUCCUUCUGAAUUUAGCCGGAUUUAUCCUAGGCUGCCAAGGGGCCCAGUUCGUGUCCAGCGUGCCCAGAUGUGAUCUGGUGGAUUUAGGUGAAGGCAAGAUUUGCUUCUGUUGUGAAGAAUUUCAACCAGCCAAAUGCACAGACAAAGAAAAUGCCUUGAAACUCUUCCCAGUUCAGCCUUGUAGUGCUGUUCACCUUCUACUCAAGAAAGUCCUUUUCGCCCUGUGUGCCUUGAAUGCCCUGACCACCACCGUCUGCUUGGUGGCAGCCGCCCUUCGCUACCUUCAGAUCUUUGCAGCCAGAAGAUCCUGCGUCGAUGAAUCACAGAUUUCUGCGGAAGAAGUGGAGGAACACAGACGCAUCCCAGACCCUGACGACUUUGUGCCACCAGUGCCUCCCCCUUCCUAUUUCGCCACGUUUUACUCGUGCACACCCCGGACGAACCGCAGGAUGGUUGGUCCUGAUGUUAUACCACUGCCACAUAUCUACGGAGCGCGCAUCAAAGGCGUGGAAGUGUUCUGUCCUCUGGACCCCCCGCCUCCCUAUGAAGCUGUGGUGAGCCAGACGGACCAGCAGCAGGGAUCUUCAUUCCAAAUGCCAGAAGGAUCAGGAGCUGCCACCAGCCCUUUGGAACCGAUCUGCAUGCCAGUGAUUCAAGGUGGGGACAUUCCUAACACACCUAGAGAAGAAGGCGCAGCCAUUUCAACUCCCAGCUCCAACCAGCUGUGUCCGGCGAGGAACCGGAGAGCUCUCCAGCCCCCGAGGACGAGAUCCAAGAGUGACCCUGUGCUUCAUCAUUCUGCAGAGAGAGCUGUCCCCGUGCUCAGCUGUGAAGCCGCGACUCAGACUGAGGGAAGACCAGACCUGGCUGCGGUGACCUUGAGAAGAGGGUUGAGAUCCCGGGCUUCGAGAUGCAGACCAAGGUCUUUAAUAGAUUACAAAUCUUACAUGGACACCAAGUUGCUGGUGGCGAGGUUCCUGGAGCAGUCCUCCUGCAGCAUGACCCCGGACAUCCAUGAACUUGUAGAAAACAUUAAAUCUGUUUUGAAGUCCGAUGAGGAGUACAUGGAGGAAGCCAUCACAAGUGCCAGUUUUCUAGAACAGAUCAUGGGCCCGAUGCAGCCCAGCACUUCCAGGGCCCUCGUGCUGCCCUCGAGGAGACAGCCUGGCCUGCUGCACCUGCGGAGCUGCGGAGACCUGAGCACCUUUGUCCCCGCGGGGAGGCCGAGAGCCGAGAGGAGGCCCCGGCGAGCGGAGGCUGAGAGGCCACACAGCCUCAUUGGCGUCAUCCGAGAGACUGUCCUGUGAAGCUGCGGGGCCCGGGCUUCUGAGGAGCAGGAAGAAAGAUGGGCCCUGGAAGGCACCCAGGGCCUCUGAGGGGAUGGAUCCCCUUCCUAACCCUGUAGUUUCUUGGCUGGGAGUAGGGGUCCCCCUCUGGGUACUCCUCAGAAAGGGGGGCGCUCUGGAGAACAUUUAUUCCCGUUCUUUGGCUCCCCUUUCUGCCGGCCAAGGGCACUCGAGGAGGAAUGACGAGUUAUUCCGGACCCAUUUGGCUUUUGGACGCGCAGAGUUGGAGGCCGUGAAUGAAGCCGCAUCUCCUUCUCUGCCCGGGUCUGCCCUGCUGUGGGCGGAAGCGGCUCAGGAUUCUGUGCCCGCCGCGCCCCUCGCGGCUCCCCUCCUCACUGAGUUCUUUACCUGGCUGGAAGGGCAGAUCUGCGGGGCGGCUGUUUAUCUGCUGCCAAGUGAGAGUGGAACUGGCACGGAAGCAGGAUGAUUAACCCUGAUAUACUGCGAUGAUCAAGGCUCAUGUGAGGUCACUUUCAAAUCACACUCUCUUUAGGAAAGACAGGAAACUUGUUUGGUGACACAUUUUAUUGAAAGACAUUUAGGGAGAGGAUUCUUGUUGAUUCCAUUUAUUCAUGCUUGCAAAACUAGAGACAGCUAAGGCAGAACUGAGAAUAAAAGUGUUUACCUUGGA